AGUCCCAUUCGCCUUCGGCCUUUCCCCGUUCCAGUUUUGGCUGUCGCAAUUUGUUACCGAGUGCUUGCCGCGCGAACGAGUGAUCUGGGGCAUACGCUGUAAACAAGAGAACAUGUCAGAAGCAGACGAUGCUGCUGCUAAACGGGCUGCGCUCGCUGAGGCGCGUCGGCAGAAAAUCCUCGCUCGCGGCGCCGACCGCCUGAACCGGAUUACGCUAGGCACGCCUAUCCCCGAGGCUACGCCUCCAAGCACAGUGACUGAGCCUGAAGCAGCUCCGGAGAUAGCGGCAACUGCCGAGGCUCCCGCGCCAGCCCUCGCAGCACCUGCACCUGAGCCCGCUGGGCCUGCGGCCCCCGCAUCGCCCGCGCAAGCAGCGGACGCUCCUGGAAGUUCUGCGAACCCGGACCUCCCGGUAGAUGCGCCAGAGGACGUAGCUGCCUCCAUGCGGCAGGCGGAGCAGGCGAUGCACGCGCUGCUCAACCAGCUGAGCGACCCGCGGCCGGGGCAGUCGCCGGCCGACAGCGAUGUGGCGUCCCUGCUGCAGGCAAUGGCCGCGCAAGCCGGUGCCGGCAACCCAGCGGCUGCGCCACGCAGCUUGGAACUGGGCGCGGAGGCUUCCAGGCGGCCCACGCCAAGCCAGACCGUGGGCCCAGCUGCACGCGGCGGCCGCGGCGUCGGCCGCGUGUUGGAGGCGGUGUUGGGCGGCGUGGGGUCGCUGCUGCUGGGGGUGGCCGGGCCGCGGCUGAGCGGCGCGGUGUCGCGCACGCAGCUGGCGCGGUGCCUGCUGGCGCUGGCGGCGGCGGCGGCGCUGCAGUCGGGGCUGCUGGAGCCGGCGGCGCUGGGGGUGCCGCCGAUGGUGCUGCUGCUGCUGACCGAGGUUGCGCUGGUCGCGGGGGCGUGGGUGCUGGCGCGCGGCGGGGGCGCUGACGGGCUGGGCCGCUCUGGCGGCAUGUCGCGUGUGGGCAGCUCGUCCACGAUCCUCGACGGCAUGGCCGCGGAUGCCGACUCCACUAGUGGCGCCGGCGGCGCAGCAGCAGCUGCAGCAGCUGCAGGCGGCGGCGCCUCACCGCCUCCUAAGUUCGACUGGCUCACGCUUGUGCCUGGCCUGCGGCCGCUGCUGGACGGGUUGUCUUCCAUUCAGGCACUAGUGGGGGGGCUGGUGGGGGAUGGGGCGGUGUUUGUGGCGACUACGGUGGCGCUGGCGGCGUGCAGGGAGCUGGCGUGGCCACGGCCUGCGGGCUCGGGCGCCGCGGCAGGGCACGUGGAGCUGUAGGUGGUGGCGAACUGAAGGGGUUGGGGCAUAGGGGGAGUAGGUGCAGCUGCCGAGACACGCUUUGCGCGAAGACCUAUUGCACGGUUGUGGAAGGUCGGCAGACAACUGGGGGGAGGGUGGUUUCCCUUCGGGCCGGAGAUGGCCCCUGUUGACCUGGGUGCUGGGCACCCUUUGCUUGGUCGGACUGUCCCUUCUUUGUAAUGUUAGGGGGAAGGAUGGCGGGUUUGGCCCGCCAGAAGGGGGAAAUAGGUCUGGGCGUUGCGGAGGCGAGGUGCAUUGCUCAAGUUGUUUUGUGCAAUUGUUGGUGGCCUCGGGUGGGAAGUGGGAACCCUG